CAAGGCGUUCCUCUGCCCGCGGGACCGGUCGAGAAGAGCAAACGCAUUACAACACCCUACUUAACCAAGUAUGAGCGCGCUCGGGUUUUGGGCGCUAGAGCCCUUCAACUCUCCAUGUCAGCUCCGGUAAUGGUGGAACUCAGUGGUGAGCGGGACCCAUUAAAGAUUGCGGAAAAGGAACUGCGCGCAAACAAGAUUCCGAUAAUCAUUCGUCGUUACUUGCCCGAUGGCAGUUUUGAAGACUGGAACCUGGACGAGCUGAUUUUGGUUGAAUAG